UGAAGAAAAUAAUUCUGACUCCACUCAGUUUUCUUUAACUGUUCAGUUUUCGCCUGAGAAACCUCCCCUCUUUACGCUACAGCAGCUGAAGGAAUAUUUGGAAUACCGAAGUGUUUUUUUGCAGUGAUUUCUUUUUAUCAUCUUAAUUCUCCACUGCCUCUAAAAGAAAUAAUCCGAAUUUGGAUCCAUCUGGUUUCAGGAUUGGAAAGCGAGUCUCCAAGCAGAACAAAAAUGUUUAUAAAGGAUCUGCUCUUCAUCUUCCUCCUCGGGAGCCUGCCUUUUGCAGCACUUGCUCAAGAAGCAAGCUCAGUUCUAGAAGGAGAGGAGAGUGCAACAACUGAUUUCAGAAAUGACACAGACUUUGAAGAAUUGCCAACAAUGUUUGGGGAGCUGAAGACCACAGAAAGUUCCUUUGUCCCAGAGGGAGAAAUUGAAAAUGCUACUGCUUAUGAAGUUAACACACCAAGAGUUGAUGGUAAAAAGACACCAAGUGUUGAUGAUGAACGACGUGGGGAACCAGAGGAGACUGAUGCAGGUGGCCUGGGAACAAUUGCACUGGUUGGAAUAAUUGUUGGAAUCAUUGUUGCAGUUGGAAUCCUUGCAGGAAUCGUAAUUGCAGUUGUGAGGAAGAUGUCAGGCAGGUACUCGCCCUAAAUACAGUUGAAGCAAGCAACCAUGCCAUUCCAUGCUGGAAAACACAAGUGCUUCUUAUUUUAUACAAACUAAAGACUAUUCCUGUAUUGUGUGAGAAGAUGAUCCAUGGAAAUAUAGCCAAAGAAUUUCAGAUCUAUGGGGAUACCACACAGCUCUAAGGACCACCCUCACACCCGACUUGCACAGAUCACAGAACAUUUCAUAGGAUUUUUUACUAACCAGAAUUUUACUAGAAGAAAAAGAUUUUGCAGUAAGGAAAAAAAAAAUUCUUGCAGCAAUGAGCUGUACAUCAGAAAUGUGAUUUGCAGGUAUUAUAUGCUUGGGUUUUAAAUGCUACCAAAGAUUAUUUCACAUUACAUUAUAUGUAUUCUUUUAAAACAAACAAACAAACAAAAAAUAACAAAAACAAAACAAAACAGAAGUGGUUUUGGCUGGUUUAGUGCUCCUGGCAUGUUUAUUUACCACAUGAUGUAUCAAAAAGGAGGAAUUAGCUUCAGUGAGAACCAGUUAUCUACAAAGUAGGAAAAUACUGGAUAUUGGAAGCUAAAAUCCAUUACUGAUACAGAUU